AUGGUCGUCACCGUUAAUGAGACCACAGGAUCAAUUAUAAUCAGGUAUAACACCAACUCUGCCUCUCUCUUAAUUCAAGGCGAGAAAGGUGAGUCAUUUACAAACAUUUUGAUCAAAAAGCUCUCGACCAUGCAUCCGAAUUCAGAGACAAAUAUUAUCGCCGAUGAUAACUCGUGUGAGCCAGAAAAAUCGGAAGAGUCACAAAAUAUGUACGAUGUCUCUAUAAGCGAGCAGUCUCAAGAUAUUUUUACUUUCGACGAGGGUACAUUGACCGGGACAAUCAAACAGAAAAAUAAUAAACACGUCAGCCAUACUGACGAA